AUGACACUUCUGGACCAUCAUAUCAAUGCUGGUCGAAUGCUCAGUGAGCGUCAUCUUGCCUCUGGGUACAUUUCACGGUCCCACGAGGACGAAGACUCUAUCAGGAGUAAGAACAACCGCCUCGAUACAACUAAGAACUUACAGAGCCAGAAAGUCACCCUAUAUACGGAGUAUCUUGUGGAAGAGAAUUACGAAGCACCUGGUUAUGUCCUCAAGAUUGGUACCCCUGCUCCAGAUAUAACGCGCAUCAAAGAUCUCAUUCGGUGGUACAUAGCCUCUUCUAAGGAUCAAGGUAGACUGGACCCAGAUAAAAAGCUCACGUGGAUCAAGAAGACCUUACCGGAGGAUGAAACCAUCAGAAACAUCAGAAAGCAGAAGUUCAACUUUACUCGAUACGAUUUUCGAAACAUCGUCUCCUCCAUAUGGGCAAGGGACAGCCCCGUUUUCCUUCACGGCCUACUCAAAGUCUUCAUGUAUUCGCACUGCAAGCAUUCCUCUUUACCGGAGCAAGGAUCGGGGCUCUUGUAA